AUGACAUCACCCCCGACCGGCGGCGCCGAGCUGCGCCGGGCGUUUCUCGACUUCUUCGCCGCCCGGGACCACCUGGUGGUCAAGAGUUCGUCGCUCGUUCCCCACGACGACCCGACGCUGCUCUUUGCAAAUGCCGGGAUGAACCAGUUCAAGGACUACUUUCUGGGGUACGCGACCCCGGAAAAGCCCCGCGCGGUCAGCGUGCAGAAAUGCGUGCGCGCCGGGGGCAAACACAACGACCUGGAUAACGUGGGCUUUACGCCGCGGCAUCACACCUUCUUCGAGAUGCUGGGCAACUUCUCCUUCGGCGACUACUUCAAGGAAGACGCCAUCGCACUGGCCUGGGAGUUCCUCACCCGGGAUCUGGGGCUUGAUCCGGACCGGCUUUCGGCCUCGGUCUUUGCCGGUGACCGGACCACCCCCCCGGACGAAGAGGCGCGCGCGAUCUGGAAGUCCUACCUGCCCGAGGAGCGGAUCUCCGCGCUCCCCGCCGCCGAGAACUUCUGGUCGAUGGGUGACACCGGACCCUGUGGUCCGUGCUCCGAAAUCCACUACGACCAGGGUCCCGCCUACCCGGACGACGACCGGUAUCUCGAGAUCUGGAACCUGGUGUUCAUGCAGUUCGAUCGCGACGACGCCGGCACCCUCACACCACUCCCCGCCCCCUCGGUGGACACGGGCAUGGGACUCGAGCGCCUCGCCGCCGUGGUGCAGGGGGUCCGUUCGAACUACGACACGGAUCUCUUUGCCGGCCUGGUCACCGCCGUGGAGGGACGCGCCGCUCGCGACCUCGAUCCCGGAGCGGUGCGAACGGCGGCCCGGGUGAUCGCCGACCACGCGCGAGCCACGGCGUUCCUGAUCGCGGACGGGGUGCUUCCUGCAAACGAGGGCCGGGGAUACGUGCUUCGCAAGAUCCUCCGGCGGGCCCUUCGUUUCGGUCGCAAGGCGGGAGUGCCGGAGCCGUUUCUGCCCGAAAUGACCGAUCUGGCGAUCUCCGGAAUGGCGGACGCGUGGCCGGAACUCGGUCUUUCCCGCGAUCUGAUUCUGCGGGUCGCAGCCUUCGAGGAGGAGCGUUUCUCCGGGACGCUCGCCACCGCGAUGGGCCAGCUCGACCGCGUGUUGGCACGGGGCUCGGUGCAGGACGCGGCGGAAGUCCCGGGGGAAGACGCCUUCCGCCUCUACGACACGUUCGGCCUGCCCCUCGAUCUGGUGGAAGAGGUGGCGCGCGAGCACGGGAUGUCGGUGGACCACGAAGCGUUCGAGGGAAAACCCGCCGCCGCCUCCACGGCCUACCGGGACAUCGCCGAAGGCCAGCCCACCCGCUUCCUGGGCUACGACGGCACCGAGGCGGACGGCUGCCGAGUGCUCGCGGCGCUCGCCGCCGAGGAAAGCGGGUCUCCGGUUCCGGCUCCAGCGCUUUUGGCGGGGGCCACCGGGGAGUUGAUCCUGGAUCGAACCCCCUUCUACCCCGAGGGAGGCGGACAGGUCGGAGAUCGCGGACUCCUCCGCUCAGCGGGCGGAAUCGCGGAAGUCGUCGACUCGCAGAGCCGCGACGGCCUCGUGGUGCACACGGUCCGCAUGCGGGAGGGGGCCAUCGGCGCCGGGGAGCGCGUCGAAGCCUUCGUGGACCGGACACGGCGCCGGGGGGCUGCGGAACACCACACCAUGACCCACCUCCUCCAUGCGGCGCUCCGCGACACCCUGGGGCCGCACGUGAAGCAGGCGGGGUCUCUCGUUGCUCCCGAACGCCUGCGGUUCGACUUCACCCACUACGCGGCGCUCACGCCCACCGAAAUCGGGACCAUCGAAGGAAGGGUGAACGAGCAGAUCCGGGCCGACCGGGAAGUUCUGGCGAGUGUGAUGCCUCUCGACAUGGCCCUCGCCCGGGGCGCACUCGCGUUCUUUGGGGACAAGUACGGCACCGAGGUGCGAGUGAUCGAGGUGCCCGAGUUCAGCGUUGAACUCUGCGGCGGCACCCACCUCGGCGCGACGGGUCAGGCCGGGGUGUUCGUCAUCGUUUCCGAGGAGUCGGUAUCGGCCGGGGUCCGCCGGGUCGAGGCACUCACCGGCCGGCCGGCGAUCGAGCACGUGAUCCGGGGCCGGCGCCUGCUGGGCGACAUCGGACGGGCGGCCAAUACCCGUCCCGAGGAAGUGGCCCGCAAGGUGGAGAAAAUGCGGUCCGACCUCAGGCGGAUGGAACGCGAGGUGGAGCGCCUUCAGGACCGCCUCGCGCUCCGCGGGAGUACCGGACCGGCUACCGGACCCGAUUCUUUGUCCGACACCGAGACCAUCGCCGGGAUCCUGGUGUGGAUGCCCGCACCUCUCGACGGCGUCUCGAAGAACGAACACCGUCGGCUGAUGGACGCGUUUCGCGACCGGCAGGACGGCAAGCCGUGGGUCGCGGUUUCAGCCUCGGUCCGGGACGGGCGAGCCGCCGUGAUUCUGGGAGUCUCUGAGAAAAUUGCCGAACGCCUUCCCGCCAACCGGCUUCUCGGGGAGGCCGCGACACUGAUCGGCGGCCGCGGCGGAGGACGGGCGGAUCGCGCCGAGGGGGGCGGUCCCGAUCCCGGCGGCCUGCCCGCUUUCAACGAGCACAUCCGACAGGCCAUCCGGGACACCUUCGCGAACUGA